AUAAACAUUUUUUUAAGUAGCAAUUAUGCUGAUAUCGUUAAGUAGAACGUGACAUUCAUGUGAUAAGCUCAAUCAGAAAUCAGACAAUCAAGUAAAUGCGUUUAUUAGUUAAUAUUUUGUUUAAAUUUUUCCAUCCAUGUAGCUUAAGUCAAAACACCAAUCGCCGUCUUCCACACACUGUGCUUCGUAAUGUAGUCGCAUUAAUGGCGACAAACUCCAGCAUAAUGACCAACCACUUGCCCACCACUUUCUCUGGAAGGCUCGACCGAUUCAAUGGGGUGACUGUGCAUUCUGAGUCGGAACCGUGCAAUAUAUCCGAUUUUGGAGAUAAAGUAGAUAAUUCAAUUAAGAAAUGGAGAGACGACGGGCGGAGGGGGAUUUGGUUCAAAGUUCAUUUAGACCAGUCAGACUGGGUUCCGGUUUUGGUUAAAAAAGGUUUUCGCUACCACCAUGCCAAAGAUGAUUUCGUGAUGAUGUAUUUAUGGCUUCCUGUGGAGGAGAAUUGUAACAUACCUCCAUACGCACACACUAUGAUUGGGGUGGGUGCUGUUGUUAUUAACGACCAAAAUAAAAUUUUAGUUGUGAGUGAAAAAUAUUACCAAGUACCCCAUUGGAAACUACCAGGGGGUUAUGUGGAACCGGGCGAAAAUUUAGUGGAUGCUGCCAUCAGAGAAGUGUGGGAGGAAACAGGGGUGGAAACUGAAUUCCAAACCGUUCUUACUUUAAGACAAGGCCAUUAUGGGAUGUUUGGUUGCUCAGAUAUAUACACAGUGAUUAGUUUGAAGCCUUUGAGCUCAGACAUUGAGAAAUGUGAGAGAGAAAUUGAUAAGUGUAUGUGGAUGGAUGUUGACGAGUACCUCAAACACCCCAAUGUACAUGAAUUGAACAGAUUUUUUGUACAAAAGUAUCUAGAGUAUUUGAAGAAGAAUUUAAAAAUUGAUUGGCACCAUGGGAUCCAUCAAGUACUCAAAAAAGCCUAUACUGUGUAUUAUAUAACAAGUACGGAUGGCGACGACAAGAAUCAAAAACCGUGUUAAGUGUUAUACACAAUAUUAUACCCUAAAUUGUUAAUAAAAUGAGUACAAAUUA